CCAACUGUUCCAGGUGACCAUCAGCCACGGAGACGAUGAGCUGAAACUGUUCGCGAAAGUGGCAGCCGUCGGAGAAAAAUUCAGGCAAGAACUUCCAGGUUUCCGGAUGUUUGAAGCAGAAAACGAUUUUUACACCAAACUCAUAAAAUUUUACGAAAACCUUCAAGAGAAGCACAAUGUGCCGCAGGACAAGCGGUUUGUAGCGCCGAAGUGUUACGGAUGCAGCAGCAAGCUGUAUGAAGAAGUCAUCGUGUUGGAGGACUUGUCGGCACAAGGGUUCACAGUGUACGACAGGAUGAAGUCGGUGGAUUGGGACUACGCCUCUAAGGCUGUGGAAGAAAUCGCUAAGUUUCACGCUCUGUCUGUCGCAUUUGAGAAAGAAAACAAGGAAGAAUUUAAUAAAUACGUGGAAACUUUAACGUUUUCAUGGGAUACAGAAAAUACUGAAUAUUUCAACGAUAUCAUUGACAAGGGAAUUAAUAUGGUCAAGGAAGAAAAAAGAAGCAGAGUAGAAGCAUUCAUAGCAUCUAUUGAGAUGGUGGAUUACGAUGAUAUUUUAAAACCGGUGAAACUAAAGGUAUUAACGCAUUGCGAUAACAGAGUCAGCAACCAAAUGUACAGGGUGAACGCGGAUGGAGGCAUGGAAGUAAAAAUAUAUAGAUUACCAGACCAUUCGGGGCGCGUCUCCGGCUGUCGAUCUGCUUUACUUUAUCUUCUCCGGCACCGACAAGAAGUUCCGCGACCAGUACUACGAACAGCUCCUGGACCACUACUACAAGGAGCUCAGCCG